GCGUACGUAACGGGACAGUCGUGUACCACAAUUAUCCCGACGUUUAUUGAAGAUGACCUCGUUGAAGCAUAAUGUAGAGUUGUCGUUUUUUGUACUUAUAUGGGAUACUGUUUUACAUUCGCUGUGCUAGUUAGAUACCGUCGCGGCCGCAAACACACCGCGGAACCUCAGUGAGUUGCAUAAUCACAGCAGAACUUGAACGCACCGCCACUUGGCUAUUCGAAUCCCUCAGUGCCAGCGCCAGUGGUAAGCGCUCCUAAAAACCCAAACAAACAUCAAUAGCCGCUAAAUCAAGAGGUGGGUCGUCGUGAGGAACCGCAGUCUCUCGGUGAAUGAUGGCAGAUUGUAUAUCCCUUUGAACCGCACUCCAUCAAGACCCUCUGGCUCAAGAGAAGGUCCUGUCUGCCCCUGUGCAGAUAUCCCUAAACCAUCAGCAAGAGAAUCAGGAAACAAUUGGCUUAGCUGCACUGAAGCUUCCCCCUGUGUUAGAGAAUCUCAUUCUGGAUGAAAAGGAAAGAUCCAGUUGACAUAUUUUGGGUCUGUGCUUUUUUGCAACCAUUUUUUUGUUGAAGAAAAAAAAAGAAGCUGAUUGUCUUCAUCAAGGCUGUCCUUUUGGAAAAGUUAAGUUUGGCCUGUUCUUAAAGGAUUUUGAUGCAUUUUUAGGCGCUGAAGACAUUUUGUUCGUUUCCUGCUCAUCUGUCAGAGCUCACUUAUCUAUGAAAUCUGAACUAAUCUCCACUUCUGCUUCAAUCAAACGACCCCAGAUAAUCCAGUGGGCAUUUAACAAACGUGAAUGUAAAACGGAUGAAGACAACGACGGCAUUAUAAUGCAUCGUCCCACGGUAUCCCAGUUUCACUAGCUGAGACCGAAGAUGACGGCAAUGUAACAUUGGGCUUUACUUCUUUCACUGUCAUGUGACUUUGAAACUUAGAGCGUUAUUUUCUUCAAACUCAGACAGUCUUUUCACCAGUUUAAUGAGGUGAGCAGUGGUUCUCAGUGACCUCCAUUGCAAACAAAAGACUGUCUCUGAACUUAUUUCUCUUUCCUGCACGCAUUUUGUCUGAACUUACAAUGAUUCGGUAAAAGGAGGCUCGAAGUGAAAACAUACUGGCACACAGUGUGGCAGGAGAAGACCUGGAAUCUCUUUUCCCCCUCUGUCUGGUGUCAUAGUGGAACUGCCACAGGGACUGCUCUCCAUGCUCCAGUGCAGACUACUUCCACAGACUACUUCCUUGUAUUGAUAAUAGACAACCUGGCUCUGCCUCACCGUUUGGACAAAUCCAGCUGUCAAUUCACUUUGCCAAUCAGCACACAGACCAAUCAGGUUUUGUGAUUCAGUCCAAACAAAGAGAGCAAAUGAUUCAAAUAAGUUAGUGAGAAAUUUGUUCUCCUUGAAUAAAGGUACCUGGACAAGUUGGUGGUAACAGUAGCUCACAAAAUCCUCUAGUAACGUCGCUCGCUUGGGAAUCCAGUUUAAAAAAGGAACAGCUGCCCCUCUUAGACCUCCUCGCUUCUGCUUCAAAAUCAACUUCCCGCUCGCCCAGUCCUCUGGAUCACCAUUCCAGAUCAUUCCUGCAACCUUUUGACUCAUCUCCCAGUGUUCCACCCUGGACGAGGGGAUCUGCCCCUGGGGAAAAGGGCUGUGCUGUCCUGGCGGAGGUGGAGAAGGGGUUGGCAGUGUGGUGCUCCCCAUCUGUCAGUGCACGCACUCUGUGAUCAGUGCCAGCGGGCCUGAGGAACCAAGCCCAGCCGGACCGAGAGAGGAGGCAGAGGACUUCAGAGCCACAGACUCUGGGAUCCUGGCCAUGAGGUUUGACGCCUCGAUCCACUGACCGGAAACACUGGACCUAAAUGGCGCAGCAUGACUUUGUCCCUGCCUGGCUUAACUUCUCCACACCCCAGCCUGCCAAGUCCCCUGCCGCCAACCUUGAGAAACAAGGUGAGCCCCACCACCACAGAGACAGCAGAACUGCUGUGAGCCGCCGCCGCCACAACUCCUCUGAUGGCUUCUUCAACAACGGGCCCCUGCGUGCUCCAGCAGGUGAUGGAUGGCAGCAGCCCUCUCUGCUUCUGAGGCACGACUCGGUGGACUCCGGGGUGGCCAAAGGGGGGCAUGGUGGGCUGGCAGGGGGUUCAUGUUGGAAGGAAGCGCCCAGCUGGCACGGAGCUCCACGGGGGGCCCAAGACGGUCACCAUCACCAGGGACGCCACCCUAAACGGGGAGGGGGCGACAGGGACAGGCAGGGGGGGCACCGGCAGCGCAAUGGCAACUUCCAUCCCCGCAAGGGCGCCCCGUACCAGGACAAGUUCCCUAACGAGGAACGCAAGGACGACAAGCUCAAGUUUGUGGAAGAGGACUUUCCCUCCCUCAACCCUGAAACAACUGGAAAGCCGGGGACCCAGAUGCGAGCAGUGGCUCCCCACGCUGGAGUUUGGGAAAACCCUCCUAGUGGCAAACAGAUGGUGUCCAAAAUGCUGGUUAUCAAGAAGGUUUCCAAGGAGGACCCAAGCACGGCCUUCUCUGCAGGGUUCGCCAGUGCUGGCGCCCUGCCCACCAAUGGCAGCAAAGCUCCCAUAGCAGGCUCCAGUGUCUACAAGAACCUGGUCCCCAAGCCUGCUGUGGCCCCCACCAAGAGCACCCAGUGGAAACCCAGCGGUAGAGAGGUCACCAAGUCUGGCCUUCACAUGCCAGGCCGAGAUUCAGUCUUCACCAGCCCUGUCUCUGCAGCCAAACCCAGCACCCCAACCAGUGUACCACCACACAGCACCCCGAAAGAGCAGCACUCUUCCAGCACGACUCCUCCCAUAGACAUUGCCCCGUCAAGGCUGAAGCUGAUGCGUCGCGGCCCGGACCGUAAGAGUGAGUUCCUGCGAGCUCUGAAGGACGAGGGCACAGGAGAGCUGACGACAAGCAGCAGCCCAGGAACAUCGGGAGAGGGUGAAAGCAGCACCCCCGAGCCCAAACCUUACAGCGAGGAAGUGUGCCAUGAGAAUGGCCUGUCCUACUCCCUCAGUGACUCAGACACUGAACACCUGUCCAGCUCCCUGGAAGCAGAGCACAGGUUGCUGAAGGCCAUGGGCUGGCAGGAAUACCCAGAAAACGAUGACAACUUCCUGCCUCUGACAGAGGAUGAGCUGAGAGAGUUCCAGACUAAAACUGAACAGUUGAAGAGGAAUGGUGUGCAGAGGAACGGGGUUCUCCCGAGGGCACGGGGUGUCACCCUCCACUUCACCCCCUGGAGGAGUGUGGCGGAGGCGCAUGUCGAAGAGGGCUCGGAGUCUGAAACCAGUAGCAGCAGCCAGACGUCCGACGAUGACGACUGCAUCAAAUCCUAACGUGGCUUUACGGAACAAAAAGAAAAAAGAAACCCCAACACAACAGCCAACACCACAGCCCAGCAAGCAAUCCCCCCUCCUCCUCUCAUCUUUGUUUUUAGAGCACCAUUUCGACUUUUUUUUUUGUUGUCGUUCUUGCACAAGGGAAAAACCAAUCAUAUCCCAGUGAAGGGGGAGAUUCCUGCUCCGCCAGACGUCUUUUUCCCUGCGUUUCCUCCUUCACUGCAGUCCCUGCCCUCUUUGACCCCCUUCCCCUUCUUCCUUUUUCUUCCUCGCUUUGUGGAACUGAAGUGUUCAUCAAGAAAAGAAGGGCAAUGAAUGCACACACGAUUCUGCUUUAAACAGACUAACUCAUUUCAUUGAUGAUGCUGAUGACACAUUAUUAAUGAUAUUAAUAAAAAUUGGUUCCUGACAAGCUGAGAUGUUUCAAUAUGAA